GUAAAUAAUCAGUUAUACCGAUUUCGGCAAUCUUUGGCAAUUUCAUUCAUGUAUUUUCUGGCCGUGUGGUUGAUCAAUAGUUCCUAAGUUAUUUAUCUUUUAUUAAUUAAAAUCAUAAUGGCCAGUACUAUUUUCAAUUAUGAGAGUUUGGUACACGCCACUUCUGGGGCGACUGGAAGUAUAUUUGCCAUGACAAGUGUUUACCCUAUUGAUAUGGUCAAGUUUCGUAAACAGCUGGAUGACAAGGAAAUAACUCAAAAAUCAACAUUAGAUGCCAUAAUCCACUUGAUGAAAACAGAAGGAAUAGGAUCCUUAUAUCGUGGAGUAAGGCCUGUUCUUAUUACAUUAGGAGUUUCCACAUUUGUAUACUUCUAUACAUUCCAUGGAAUAAAGUCUCUAAUACCAAAGGAAAUGGUGAAUUCCAAGACAGAUCUUUUUCUUAGCAUUUUUGCAGGGGUGGUGAAUGUAGUAACCACAAACCCCUUAUGGGUGGUAAAUAACCGGCUCAAAGCCAAAGGACAGUUGCCAUUCACUGGUUUGCUGGACGGUUUGGUUCACAUAGCUACGACGGAAGGAAUAUCAGCUCUCUGGAAUGGCGUUGGGCCUUCUUUGGUCUUAGUAUCUAAUCCAGCCAUUCACUUUACCAUAUAUGAAGCACUGAAGAGGAGAGUGAAAGUAAAGAAUGCUACAGCAUUCUUCAUAUUAGGCGGCAUAUCCAAAACCAUAGCAACUAUACUAACUUACCCAUUACAAUUAGCCCAAACCCGACAGAGGCUGAACAAAGACACCAAAAUUAGUACAGCUGCUCUGUUGUUAAUGUUGCUCAAGAAAAAUGGUCCGGGUGCCUUAUUCCAAGGUUUGGAAUCAAAGUUGCUACAGACUGUCGUUGCUACUGCCUUGAUGUUCGCAACUUAUGAAAAAAUUGCUCAGCUAGUAUUCAAAUUGCUCUUGGGAACGGCCAAGAGAAAAGGGAUAUAGUUUUAUAGGAUAUUUGGAGGUGCCAAAAUGGUGAUGCAAAAUUGUGACAACUUUUUGUACUAAGAUAGAAAUAACUCAGAAUUAUUGAUAAUUUACGGGUUAUCAGGUAUGUUUCACAAAAGUGAUUCAUUUGUGCACAUAUUCUUCAAAGAACUAAUAAUAUAUGGGUAUUGAAGUACAGGGUGAUUCACCAUAAAUGUCCCCCCUCUAGCUCACUCAUUUUUGAACCGAUUUCAGAAUUUGAAAAAUG